AUGUCCUCACGGGUACUUCUCCUCUUAUCUGCGUUUCUAGUUCCCGUUCUUUCCACCAACUCUCCAAUUGACCACACUCGAUGGCUGGCCGCUCAAUCCAAAGCAGAUUCUUGGAUCUCAUCCAUGAAUCUGACAGAAAAGGCUGGUAUCGUGACGGGCACCUUGUCCGGUGUAUGCAUUGAAUAUGUUGCUCCAAUCGAGCGCCUAGGAUUCUCAGGACUCUGUCUGCAAGACGGCCCGGCUGGCAUCCGCCUGGCAGAUUUAGCCAGCGUGUUUCCUGCAGGUGUGACCACGGCGGCCACCUGGGAUAAGGAGCUGAUGUACGAGCGUGGCUCAGCGAUGGCGGCUGAGUUUAAGGCGAAAGGAGCUCAUGUAAUAUUAGGUCCAUCGGGAGGCCCUUUGGGUAGAAGUGCCUGGGGAGGUCGAAAUUGGGAAGGCUUCUCCCCAGAUCCCUACCUCACCGGUAUUGCCAUGGACCACACGAUCCGAGGAAUUCAAGAUAUGGGGGUACAGGCCUCGGCGAAGCAUUUAGUUGGCAACGAGCAAGAGACCCAGCGCAAGCCUACCACCAUUAAUGGGAAAACUGUCGAGGCAAUUUCUUCCAAUAUCGAUGACCGGACACUGCAUGAAUUGUAUCUUUGGCCGUUUGCAGAUGCCGUCCAUGCCGGUGUGGCAUCAGUGAUGUGUGGAUACAAUCGGGUCAAUGAGACGUAUUCCUGUGAGAAUAAACAUCUGAUGGUUGACAUUCUGAAGGGCGAGUUGGGCUUUCCGGGAUAUGUUAUGUCAGACUUCUUUGCCACUCACUCUGGGGUUCGUGCAAUCGAAGCUGGACUAGACAUGAACCAACCAGGACCAUUAUCAUUAUUUCAGAUAGGCGAAUCAUACUGGGGCCCGAAUAUUCCAGAGGCCGUGCUAAAUGGCACACUCUCUAUGAACCGACUGGACGAUAUGGUCCGCCGCAUUUUGACUCCUUUCUUUUACCUCGGGCAGGAUGAAGGCUACCCGACGAUUGAUCCCGCGUCCGACGCACUUUUCUUCGAGGGAUUUGAUAUGCUCUCACUGGGAACUCCCACCCCUGUUGGCCGUGACGUUCGCGGCAACCACUCUGUCUUGAUCCGACAGAUUGCAGCGGCGGGCAGUGUCCUGCUCAAAAAUGAAAAUGCGACGCUCCCGUUGGAUCCAUCUCACUUGACCAAUAUCGGCGUCUUCGGAAGUGAUGCAUCAGAUCCGACGACAGGCCUGAUAUAUCCCGAUGAUGGAUUUGAAAUUGGAACGCUCAUAAUAGGAGGAGGCUCCGGCGGUGGUCGACCCAGCUAUAUCGUCACACCGCUGGACGCUGUCAAGUCAUAUGCUCGAGAGAUUGGCGCCCGAGUGCAGUAUAAUUUCAACAACACCGCGCUCGCAGCAGGGGACUUCAGCGGCAUUUACCCCUGGCCUGAUGUCUGCUUGGUUUUUCUCAAAACCUGGGAGACAGAGGGAGUCGACCGUAUCAGUCUGGAGGCCGACGAUGAUUCUGCUCAGGUCGUCAACAGUGUUGCUUCCCUCUGCCCCGGGCGAACAGUAGUCGUCACUCAUUCCGGCGGCGCAAAUACAAUGUCGUGGGCCACCAAUCCCAAUGUCACGGCGAUCGUGGCUGCUCAUUAUCCUGGUCAAGAAUCUGGCAACUCCAUUAUGGAUAUUCUAAGUGGCAAGAUCAAUCCCUCUGGGAAGCUUCCGUAUACAAUUGCGGCCAAUGCAGCAGACUACAAUGCACCCAUUGUCAACAUCACGGGACCCGAGGCCGAGGGCUCGUCCGCGUGGCAGAGUGAUUUUACCGAAGGUCUUUUCAUCGACUACCGCCACUUUGAUGAACAAGAUAUCAACCCUUUGUACGAGUUUGGAUUCGGCUUGAGCUAUACUAGCUUUGAACUGGGCUCAAGCUUAGCUGUCGCGCCCAGUCGAAAGAACCUCACAGGAUACCCACCGCGAGUAAACUCGACCUUAUCGGUUGGCGGAAACCCCCAUCUUUGGGAGACAGUGGUGGAGUGCUCUGUGGAUGUGUCCAAUACCGGUCCUAUGGCAGGGUCAACAGUGGUACAGUUGUAUGUAUCCCUGUCGGAAGCCAACAUUCCACCGAAUACCCCAAUGAGAACUCUGCGAGGAUUUGAGAAGGUCCACUUAGAGACUUCUGAAACACAGACAAUUUCAUUUCAAUUGACACGCCGGGACGUUAGUUAUUGGGAUGUUAUGGCACAGGAUUGGAAAAUCCCGGCUGGGAAUAUUAACAUCAGCGUAGGAUUCAGCUCUCGUGAUCGCAGGAUUGAGGCUACCACAGUGUUACUACAAGGAUAA